AUGAGUUGCUAUAAUCUUGACGAUACCCAAACACAAUCAUGCGAAUUCGACGGACCGGCUAAACACCAUUCCAAAAACUGCGUUCCUGGAGUGUUUCCAAAAAUGGCAGAAGCGCUGGGAGAGGGUGCGGCAAUCAAACCUGCAAUCUUGAAAAAUCGCGCUAGCCAAGAAAGUGGGUGGGGCGAGUUGUCAAGCUUACCGUUGUGUUCGCCCGUUAAAAGCAUUUCAGUAGCCAUGGAUCAGUGGUCUAAGCAAGAACGCGCCUUCGUUAAGGCAUUUUAUCAAUGUCUUCAACGGGAAGCAGGCCCAUUCUUUUUGAAGAGGCACAAACAUCUCCAUGUUCCGUUAUCACUCCAUGAAGAAUAUUACUUAGGGACAUAUUAUUCCACUGUCAAAGAUUUUAAAUCGAUUUUAGAAAACACACUCACAAAUGUAGGUUUUUGGUAUCACCUACAUUAA